CCCUGCAGGUCCCGGGGUCAACACGCCUCUUUCCCCUCCACGCAGCCGCCUCAGCCUGGCCCGAUGCCCUGUACCCCGGCCGCCCCGAGAGCCCCAGCCCCCCGCCUGCGGAAGGAUCCAGUCACCGUCACUGUCUUAUCACCGACCUGCCCUGGGGUUCCCCUGUCGCGCCCGCCUGGCUCCUCAGCCCCUGUUCCCAGGGCUCAGCAGCAGCCUGUGCUGCAAGAAGGCUCCGAGUCCCUCUUGUACUUACGGUAUGAAAACCCAUGGACAAUCCCAAAUAUACUUUCUCUGGCAAGAAUUGGUUUGGCUCCAGUUUUGGGUUAUUUGAUUGUAGAAGAAAAUUUCAACAUUGCAUUGGGUGUUUUUGCUUUGGCUGGGAUAACAGACUUGUUGGAUGGCUUUAUUGCACGAAACUGGGCCAGUCAGAAAUCUGCUCUGGGAAGUGCCCUUGACCCGCUAGCUGAUAAAAUUCUUAUCAGUGUCCUGUAUGUCAGCCUCAGUUGUGCAAGUCUUAUUCCAGUUCCACUGACUACUUUGAUCAUUUUGAGGGACAUAGUGCUAAUUGCUGCUGUUUUUUAUGUGCGAUACAAAACACUAUCCCCACCGAGAACAGUUGGUAAAUAUUUCAACCCCUGUUAUGCCACUGCCCAGUUAAAACCAACUUUCGUCAGCAAGAUGAAUACAGCAGUUCAGCUAAUCUUGGUGGCAGCUUCUUUAGCGGCUCCUGUUUUCGAUUACGUAGAUAGCAUAUAUCUACAGACUUUAUGGUGCAUUACAGCUUUCACAACAGCAGCGUCUGCAUACAGUUAUUAUCAUUAUGGUCGGAAAACAGUCCAGGUAAUAAACAACAAAUGAAAUGUUACAGGAAGGACGAUCUCAUCACAUCACCGUUUUUUAUAUUGCAAAGGACAAUAUAACUGGCCUAUGAAUAAGAAUUCUGUUUUUCCUUAGGACAGUUGUUUCAAUUCAAACCAUGUCACCACAAUUGGACUGAUAUGAAGUAAAAAUGAAGUCUGAUCAUGUACUGUAAAUGUAUUGAAUUUUCAAUGUAUUUUUGAAAGUUAAAAAUAAAAUUAAGAAAAAUCACAAUGUUCUUAAAGGCACUUUUAAGUCACCAGUGGCUGUCCUGCAUUUUGAAUCUUGUGUAUCUUUUUAUAUUGCUUUUCAGAAGCUAAAGUUUAUACACUUCCCGCAGAAUUGGACAGUUAGAUUCUAUCUAGAAUCUAGAUAUUAGAUUUUAAUAGCGUGCUGAUGAAGCUCCCUUUUCUUCUCAGAUCUAGUAUGCAUGGAGUUAUAAAGACAAACUGUUGUAUACUGUCUUAAGACAGAAUCACUUAUUAGGAUUUACUAAAUAUUAUAGUUUGCUGCAAAGGAAAGCAUUAAAUCACUAGGGAAUGAUACCUUCAGAAGUGUAAAGUAAUCUCCCCCCCCACCCAAGUUUUUAAAUCCUAAUAGUCCAUACAGUACUUCAGAGUUAUUUUCUUCAGUAAAAAUACCAAGGAAACUAUCUGUCCCCAGAGAGAAGGUUCUAGUGACACUAAGGCUCAUGGUGUAGUGUCAAAGACAUAGAUAGAUUGAGUUCUUAAAUAGAAGCAUGUUUCUAGUACUGCUGGUUAAUAGUGGUUGAGAAACCAAGGUUCUGAACUUCCUGUGUGAGCUAUGCUGUGCGAGUUUAAAAACUGCUUGGUCAGUAUGAGAUCUUCUUGGAGCAGAAAUAUCAAUAUAAAUAGAACUGAGAAAAAUCAAGGCAUUUUAAAUGCUUGUCCAAAUCACGGGAUUAAUUACAAACAGUUAAAGCUGCAUAUUCUGUGUGUGAUUCUCCUGUAUCUCUGACUGCAUUGUUCAUCAGGCAUUGCUAUGAUCUCAAUUUAUCACCCAUGAUCAAAGAAUAGAGCAAAACUAUUUAAAGUUACAGAAUGAAACGCCUGUUGAUUGUUUAUACUCUAAUAGCCACAAAAAGUAUCGGACAAGAGAUUUCAUAUUAACAGUAAUGAAAUCUUCUUAUUAAAUACCUUGGAGCUAGAUGUGUUUUUUGCAUGUAGUAGCAAAGAACUGAGGUGUGAAGAAGUAAAGUAACUGAAAAAUAGGUAAUAAAUGUUGGACUAUGGUGCUCUAUCACCAAAAGUGAAUUUAUUGUAGAUACAUACUGAUUUUGAGGGGGUGUGGUUGUAGGUGUGUAUAUAAAACAUUUUAAUUUAUCUUGUAUAGAAAUGGUUCACAGACAAUGCUGCAUUUUUAUUCAAUACCUGUCUCAUAGCUAUCACCAUAUACAGCAGUCCAAAUCUCUUAUUUGCAAUGGAAGGAUAAAUGUAAAGCAAAUCCUAUAAAAUGUUAUUUCUUAAUGUGCACGUUUAGUUAAUUGGGAGUAUUGUAUUUCUUCGGCAACACAUUUUUAAAAUAGAGAGAUGACAAAGUCCAUUCAGGUUAUUCCUUUUUUUUUUUUUUUUUUGGUUCAUAACCACCAACUCGAGUAUAGUGAGAGUAUACCUGAAUGUUGUUCCACUAGGGGAUGGCAAAAUGUUGAGGCUACUGAAGGAUCAUGUCAGCAUGCAGGUGCCUCAGCACAUCUAUGAAUACAAUGGCUACACCAUUUCAUGAUUUGUCUUUGUAGCUUAUUGUACAGUUUCUUGGAGUUGUGUGUCUGAGGUAUUUAUAUUAAAUGAAGUUGUUAAACAGUG